AUGUCAAACCAAAAUUCUUCCGCUUACGGGCAGGCGGCGGGCGACACGGACUUCCGCAAGAAAUACGAUCUGGAAGAGUAUGCAGCCAAAGCAAAGGACCGCGAAGAGUCCGAGAAGGACGAGCGCAAGGCGCGAUGGGAAGCCAAGAUGGCGGGCAAGAAGUACUAUAAGCCCAUGGACGGGAGCGAGUCGGUCACGGUGGCGCGCAACGCGACGCAGGACUUCAGCAAGAUGGUCGGUACGUCGACGCUAGUGCCGGCCGGGGCGGGCGUCGGCAAGCGCGGGCGAGGCGCGGGCUUCUGGUGCGAGGCGUGCGACCUCACGUUCAAGGACAACCUGCAGUGGAUCGAGCACACCAACAGCAUGCAGCACCAGCGGGCCAUUGGGCGGACGGGCGAGGUGCGCCGGGCGACGGCCGAGGACGUGCACGCGCGCAUCGAGGAGCUCUGGGAGCGCCUGCAGGAGCGCAAGCGGGAGCAGCUCGUGUCGCUGCAAGAGAGGCUCGAGGUGCGCCGCGAAGAGGACGAGAAGGAGAGGGACGAGAGGAGGAAGAAGCGCAAGGAGGCCGAGGAGCGCAAACGGUUAGAGAAGGAGGCAGCCGUCAAGGUCAAGACGGAGUACGGAGACGACGUCCGUGUCGAGGGUGAGCACGACGAAGACGACAUGAUGGCUACUAUGGGGUUCACCGGGUUCGGCACCACGACCAAGAAAUAG